AGAACGAAAAUAUUGGAUCUCGUCACCUCUCCCCUUUCCUCUCCGAGGCUCCAAAACCCUAGCGUUCUUGUUCCCUGGGCGGCGGCGGCCAUGGACAAGAGCAUGCUGGGCGACCUGGACGGCCUCCCCGAGGAGGACAAGAUGCGCAUGGCCGCCAUGGUCGAGCAGCUCCAGAUCCGAGACAGUCUAAGAAUGUACAAUUCCCUGGUGGAGAGGUGCUUCACAGACUGUGUGGACACGUUCCGCCGCAAGACCCUGGACAAGCAAGAGGAGUCAUGUGUCCGCCGCUGCGCCGAGAAGUUCCUGAAGCACUCCAUGAGGGUUGGCAUGAGAUUCGCUGAGCUUAACCAGGGCGUGGCCACGCCUGACUAAUCGUGACGGUUUCAUUGCUCCUGCAAAGUAUCUAACCUUGGGGAUUUUGUCAGCACCAAUUUGUAGUAGUCCUAAAAGUAUUUUAGCACUUUCUGAGAUAUGCGGCCAAAGUUAGGUUGCUUUGCUCUUAUAUCGAAUAAUUCACCUUGAAUCAUUGUAUCCAUGGGUACGUGCUGCGUAUAUUGUUGCUAAUUCUGUAUCCAUCCAUUGAUCGGUUGGUGAGAAGUGUUUGUUCCAUACUCAAUCCAGCAGUUUUUUUUUAGCCACAUGAAGUGCAAACUAUUGCUGCUA